AUGAAACAAACAGGACUAACAUCUCUGGACACCGUUGACCCAAUUUAUCAAGACCUUCACAACACAUUCACAACAGCAAUCCCGGGAGCAACGAUAACUGGAAUUUUAAAAAUUGAGAUGCCAGAGAAAAUUAUAAAACGGCAUCGAAACCUCGCGGAGAAAAUGUCAAAAAAACAUAGAACGGAUACACAGACAAUCACGCACGCAAUGUUUCAUGGAACAACAUAUUCUUGUUGUGAUCCGAUUACGAAGUUGGAGACUAAUGCUAAAUUAUGUGAGAAUAAAGAGUGUGCAAUGUGUGGGAUUCUUAGGAAGGGAAAUAAAAUGCGUAAAGGUAGAAAUCGAUGGUGGUGGUGGUGGAGGAAGAAGUCAGGUAUUUGGUCGUCGAAUGAUCCAGCACAUUCAUUAAACUAUUCAUUGAAACGUCGUGAUCAGCAUCCUUAUAUUAUGUUUGUAUUGGACGUGCUUUCCCCGCUACCCGGUUAUACACUUGAAGUUUUUAAUAAGGCUGCUACAAUACCUAAAUAUUUGAUAACUUUUGAAUAUACAAAACCUCAAGAACAUUCAUCAUUAAUAGAUUUAACCGAGAACUAUUAA